AUGCUUCUUGUACAAAAAAAUGCCAGGCCUGGCCCUAAAACAAUAAAUGAAGCAAUCAGGCUCUUCUCUGGUUUAGUGGACCUUGACUAUGAGCCUAGUUAUAAUGAUCAUAUAUACUUUCAAUAUUUGUCUAAUAAUAAAAAUGAUAUUUCUCUUCUAGGAGCCUAUCAUCCUGAAGAGAUUUAUUCAAAAUAUAUUAUUCGGGUAGCAGGAAAGGGUUUUAUGAUAGUUAAUCAUCCAUCUAAAGUUUAUGGGUUACCCGAUACCCAUGAGUGUAUUGAUGGAAAUUUGCCUCUCCACCUGGUUCUGGAUAUUGAUGUGAGGCAAAAGCCUGAUCUUAUAAACCCUGAACUUCCUUCUUUAAAUAAAUAUAAAAUUUCUCACGAAGAUUUAUUAUACAGGAUCUUAAUUGCCUGUAUUAGUAUUUUAUAUUCUGAUUUAAAACAUUUUGCAAUAUUAAAUGCUUUUACCUUAGCCAGUUCGUCUAAUUCUAAUAAAUGUAGCUGGCAUAUCAUGUAUCCCCAUGCUCGUUUUAUUGAUUAUAGAGACCUUGGGGGUUUUGUAGAAAAGGUCGCUAAUAAGAUCAGAAAGCCAUAUUCGGAAUUUAUUGAUAUAGGACUUUAUAAAUCCUGCUUCAGCCUUCGACUUCUUGGAUCAGCAAAAGAAAAUAGAGUUAAAAGACCUGCAAUAUUUUCACCACGAACCUUUUCUCCUGAAAAGCCAGAAAAAGAGGAGUUUCAACUUAUCGAAGAUGAAACCACCUUAGCUGGUUUAGUUACCGCAAAAUAUGAAUGGCUUGAGGUUGGUAACAUUAAGAAGGGAUUUGUUAACUUCCAAGCAAAGUCAUAUAAAGCAUAUCCUAUUUGCAAUAUCAAACAUGAGAAAGAUCAGUUAUAUGGCUUUCUUCAAAAUAACGACUGUUUUGUAUUUAAAUGCUAUCGACAAAAGCAAUAUAAACCAGAAUUAUCAGAAAUGAUGAUUAAUGUAGAAAAAUUAAAGGAUGUUCCAGAAGUAUAUUCUGAUUUCUUGGGUAUUGAGAAAACAACAACGCUUAUUCGUUCUCCUCCGGGAACAUGGAAAACCAUUGCAUUAAGAGAGAUUAUUAUGGCAUUGAAAGAUAAAGUUGAGAGCCUCUUUCGUGUCAAAUUCACAGACCGUUCAUUUGUAGCUAUUCUUGAUGAAGCUAAUGCCAUUAUGCGCCAAAUGUCUAGCGGUACAAAUGCACGGGAAUCUAAAAAUGCAAUGCGUGAUGUCUUAAGAUUUGCAAGACAUAUUUUGGCCAUAGAUGCCUUCGCAAAUAUCUCAACAUUAACUUUUUUCCAGAUGUAUCGUGGUGAAAAUAUUUGGAUAGUCGAUAAUAAGUAUCAGCCUCAUAUAAGUGGAGCAGAAGCCAUGCGAAUAGGAUAUGACCUUUUAAGGCAGGGUAAACGUGUGGCAUUUGUAUCUACUGGAGCAGUGAUGGCUAGAGCGUUAGUAGAAAAAGCAUCUAAGUCAUCUAAACCUGAUAAUUCGCUUAUUAGAGCCUGUGCAUAUUAUGGGGAUAUGGAUAAGAAACGUGUGCCGGGUACUACAGUGACCUCCAUUAUAGGUUUUCCUGGUUCUGCUCUUGCACAAAUGCUUUAUCAAAUUCGUGACUGUUCUCGUCUUAUUGUUUCCCUAUUCUAUCAGAAAAAUUCUAAUGAGCUUUUUCGCCCACCAGGUCAUGAAAAUAUUCGGGCAGAACUUGCUAGUGCUCGGCCUAAUAACUUACCUAUAGCAAUAAAGGGUCAUCGUGAAUAG